AUGGGGCGCGACGCGGUCUUGUUUAAACACUUGACUCAAGUGGAUUUCGAGGAAAUCCGACAGAAAGGCACGCCUGAGGCAAAACAAGUUAUUGACCGGGUAGCCGAAGCCGGUCUGGAGUACUUUCUCGGCGGUCCCCAUGUUCUAUAUAAAGAUGCGGUUGAGGAAUUUUUCAACACCGCAACUAUCUCUGACGAUAAGAUCACCGCAACUGUAUGCGGUACUGAAAUAGUGCUCACCGAGGAAUCGGUGGCGGAAAGCCUACGCCUUCCAACUGCUGGUCAAGAUGCAACGGCGGACAUAGAGAUCAAAACAUUUGAGGCAGCUUGCCAGAUACUCUUGGCGACUAAGGAGCCGAUAAAAGUAUCAGGUAGCAAAUCGACGCUGAAACUGGAAUAUAUACCGAUUUGUGAUAUCUUCGCAAAGGUGGCCGAAAGAAGAAAGCCGGCAAGAAAGCGGCCACAUCCUAAAGAAAAGGUCGAGAGCAAAGGAAAAGAGAAAGUAAUCUUCUCGGAACCGCCACAGCCAACGGAGGAGGAAGAGUCGGCUUCCACUUCUGAAAGAACCGAAUCAGAAAAGACCGAUGACGAAAGAUCGGCCAAUGAAGAAGAGCAUUCGGGCCAGAGCCCCGAUAAUGCCGGUCCUGGCACAAAUCCUGAGACCACCGAGGGUGGUGAAGAAGGUGGUGAAGAAGGCGGUAAUGAAAGAGGUAACGAUGAGGAGAAGGAGGACGAAGAGGCAGAAGCCGAUAGGAUAGCGCUCAAACUUCUAAAGGGCACUAAACAGCGAUCCGAGACGAUUGACGAAAUAUACCUAGAAUGGCACGAGCACCGGUUCGGCAAACGGUAUAGGCACAUCCUACCGGGCUACACAGACGAAGAAUGCCUCCAAAGACUGAAGGAAGUGGAGGACGUGGUCAUGGAUCUCACAAAAUCCGAUACCAUUGAAGAGGUCCUACACCGAACCUAUCUCUUAAGACCGCGAGCACAGCUACGGAAGCUAACUAUACGCAUCCGGAAGAUUACGGCGAAGUUCGAAGAGGUAGUAUCGGAGGACACCUUAACACCGUUGGUGUUGGAAAGGCUUGAAAAAGCAAAAGGAGAACUCAUCCAGGAAAUUAACCGGCUGGAGGCAAUGUACGGUCAAAGGGAAAUACCGCAAUAUACAGCUCCCCGGAUCGAUACGAGUCCUACUCACUGUCCGACACCUCCAAGGGAGAAUCCGGCAAUAGAGGACUCCGAUGAAAGGACAGACCCUCCUCUCACUAGGCAAUCUCCACUUAAACAACCAGAAGCCUCCGAACCGGAAGUCUCCGAACCAGCCGUCACAAAAGAAUGGGAGAAAUUCCAAAGAACCGUUUGCUCGACACUCAAGUUCGCCAACACUACAAGGCAACUUUUAGCAAGAACAGAGGAACGGUUCCUAGAUAUCGACGAUGAUCAACAGAAAGAUGCGGUUCUGCACAGCAAACACCUUAGGCGAACCGUGAUUUUGGAAGAUAAGACUUCCGAGAUAGAAAAGAACUUUGACCGGCUUGAAAGAGAGACCGAUCAACGAUUGACGGAGAUUGCUGAUGACCUGGUCGGCACAACACUCGGACGGGUCUCCGAACUUAAGAAGAAGAAUGCCGGUCUCGAGGACGAACUCAAGGCGCUUUCCGCACAAGAUGCGCUGAACGAUGAAGCAAGAAAAGAAAAGGAGGCACCGCGACCAUCGCAACUUACCGAGGAGGAAGAGGAAGCCGAGCGAAUUCGAAGGGCAGAAGCUAAGUUCCCGGGACUUGCAAAGAAGGCAGCCGCUCAAGCUGCGAAGGAUGCUGCGCGGUUAGAAAGAGAAAGUCAGAGGCUAGAAAGCUUUGCGGCCGAUAACAAAAAGAAAAAGGCGGCCUCUUCCUCGUCGAUACCGGCAAAGCGGAAAAGAGAAUCCUCGAAGAAAGCUCAAGUGGCCGACCUGCUGAAUGUGGUAACUGAAACGGUUAUCGAGAGUAUACCGGAUCAGGCCACUCACGUCGAAGAAGAGGCUGAAGUGCACCUACAUCGGCGGCCCACUAAACAACGAGUCACCGAAUCGGCCAGUCGACCGCAACCGGUGAAGAAAAAGCGGAACAUAUAUGACUUCUUGGAUUCGGAAUAG